AUGCUGAAUAGUAGGCGCCGUAACAUCAUGGAGAAGUGUUUGCUGAUGAAGGCCGUCAUGCUGGCAACAACACUGCGAACCGUCAAGAUCUUGGCUCUGGAAGAUGCAGAUUCCAUCGAUGUCGUCAGCAACUACUUGAAGUGUUUUCCAUGCUUGGAGAAGCUAUACAUCUCGGCAUCACAAGGAUACAGAAGUGCUGCAAGCUAUGACAAACAAAAUCCCAUCGAGUGCCUUGAGCAUCAUCUUAAAAUGGUAGCAUUAGAUGGAUAUGAAGGCAUACGACCACAUGUCAAGUUUGCCCAAUUCUUUGUUCGAAAUGCCCGGUUGCUAGAGUUAAUGAAGUUCAGAAUCUUUAAAAACUACCACUGUGAACCUGGGACGACCAAGGAAUGGAUUGAGGAUCAGCAAAGGCAACUACAAGUCAGGAGCAUGGCUUCCCGACAUGUUAAGUUUCAUUUUGUACGUGAUGCAAGAUAUUAUCAAGAUGUUUACUGUAGCGAGGAUAUCAGUGACCUGUCAGAGCACAUCCAUGAUUCCGCAAGAGAUGACCCAUUUGAUCAAUGGUUUGAAUCAGAGAAGGAAGCCCUGGCAUGCUGA